UGUGCAAACUUUUAAGCAAUCAUUUGUUUUUCAUUUUUCUUUAAUUACUAUCAUUGUCAAUGUGUGACAAAUAUUUACGGUUUAAAUCUAAAGUUUCAUUUAAAUGAAUCUUCUGAGAAAAUUUAAUAUAAAAAUAAUGAAAAAUACAAAAUAUGAGUGAAAUUACGCUUGUUAACGUAUGAAAAUAUAAUUUUUGAUAAAAAAAAUGGCAUCAGCAGCGCCAAGAUGUUUUUGUAAGGACAAAAUAAGUGAGAAAUUCACCGAUCUCUAUGCAGCACCGUCUCUCGAAUUAAGAAAAAUUAUAGAAGCACUCAGUGUGCCUGGAAAAGGUUUAUUGGCUAGCGACGAAUCACCCAUGAGUUUAAAUGAUAGAUUUGAAGAAAUUGGAAUAGAAAAUACAGAAGAUUCCCGACGAGAAUAUCGACAAAUGUUAUUCUCUGCUUAUAAGCCCGAAUUAACGAAAUAUAUAAGUGGAAUUAUCUUGCAUCAUGAAACACUUUACCAAAAAACAACCGACGGCAUCAGUUUCGCCGAGUUUCUUCAACAAAGAAACAUCGUACCUGGUAUUAAAGUGGACAAAGGCCUAAUUGAUCUAUUUGGUACCGAAAAGGAAUUGACAACAGAAGGCUUGGACAAUUUGAAGGAAAGAUGUAUGCAAUACAAGCGCGAAGGUUGCCACUUUACCAAGUGGAGAUGCGUUUAUUCAAUUUCAGAAACGAAACCGAGUCGACUGCUUAUGUCGGUAAAUGCGAACACGCUUGCGAGGUAUGCAACUAUAUGUCAAAGUGCCCGUUUAGUACCAAUCGUGGAACCAGAAAUAUUAACUAUUGGAGAACAUAGUAUAGAAAAAGCUUUACAAAUUCACGAGCAGGUAUUGUCCAUUUUGUUUAGAGCUUUGAACGAGCACAGAGUUUAUUUGGAGGGAAUGAUUCUCAAACCGGCAAUGGUAUUACCGGGUGUUAAAAAUAUCAAAAACUAUACGCCGCAAAUUGUAGCUGAAUACACAUUGAAAGCGUUAAAAAGGACGGUGCCUCCGGCCGUACCAACGAUUUUAUUUUUAAGCAAUGGGCAAACCGACGAGGACUCGAUAUUAAAUUUAAACGCGAUAAAUACGUUUGAAGGAAAAAAACCAUGGACUUUGAGUUUCUGUUAUGGCCGCUGCUUACAAUAUGAAGCUAUGAAAACUUGGAAAGGAAACGUAGCAAACGUGGAAGCAGCACACUCGGUAUUACUGGGAAGAGCUAAAUUAUGCUCCGAGGCGUCACUUGGAAAAUUAGACAUACAAAGCGUGCUCGCAAAAAAUAUUUCAUAAUUACGAAUAAUCGAAAAUAAUAACGUAUAAAUGUUGACGAAAUUAUUGGACCGAUUAAAUUAAAUUAUCGGGCGCGUGCAAUUUUAUCAUAGCGUUAUUUUUACAACGUAAGAAAAAUAUAUUUACGUUUUAAAUAAGAAAAACAGUCAACGGUUAUCGGAAUGGCCUGUCUUUUGAUACGCAAACUCCACUUAUUGGCUUUAAUAAUCGGAAUAAUGAUAUUUCGUGUUUAGGUUCUCAACAUGAAUGUGAAUUAUUUUAUUUGUUGAUCCAAAAUCUUUGAGAAUAUUUAAGAGAUCUUGCAUAAUAGUGCAUUAAUCUUGACAGUGAAAAAAUGUCAAAAAUUUGAAGUUAGAAUGUCAAAAGAAGGUGCCCUUAGUUGACCUUUAAAGCGAAGGUUCUCAAUAAAACGUGACUGGGUACGUGGAUGAUUCGUCGAUUGUACGCUACGUGCCAGUUGAAUCGUAUCACGCUGAACGGACUACAUAUUAUUCUUUUAUUGGUCAAUAUGUCGUCAUUCCCACGGAAUUCCACCAAUGAGAACACUUAUUAGAUGUUUCCUCGAAUUAAACCGAUCACAUGAUACCAUUCGAAAUUUCAAAAUAAUUUUGUCAUUUCUUUUUUUUGUUAAAUAAAAAUAUGUAUUUAGGAUAUACUUUUUUAAAAGGUUACACUUGAAAAUACUAGUAGGUGUAAAAAUAAAUUUGGUGCUUUAUAAUUUU